AUGGCCUCAACCGGAAACUACGAGCUUUUCUGCCUAGAGAACCCAUUGCUCGACAUUCAAGGACUCGGCGAUGCAAAACUCCUCGAGAAGUACGGCCUGAAGGCCAACGAUGCCAUUCUGGCCGAGGAGAAGCACAUGGGACUAUACGAGGACUUGCUACAGAACCACGACGCAAAGGUCAUUGCCGGUGGAGCUGCGCAGAACACUGCCCGAGGUGCUCAGUACAUCCUUCCUCCUAACUCGGUAGUAUUCGUUGGCUGUGUUGGCAAAGACAAGUACGGCCAGAUCCUCAAGGAUAUCUGCAACGAAGCCGGCCUGCGCGUGGAGUACCGCUACGACGAGGAGCACCCCACCGGACGGUGUGGUGUGGUCAUUACUGGACACGACCGGAGUCUCUGCACCGAUCUUGCGGCUGCGAAUCACUACAAGCCCGAGCACUUGAAGAGCCCAGAGGUCUGGAAGCUCGUCGAGCAGGCGAAAAUCUACUAUGUUGGAGGAUACCAUCUGACUGUGUCCGUCCCGGCGAUCUUGGCCUUGGGCGAGGAGGCUGCUGCUAAGGACAAGCUGUUCAUUCUCAACCUGUCUGCGCCGUUCAUUGCUCAGUUCUUCAAGGAACAGCUCGACUCUACGUCUCCGUACUGGGACAUCCUGAUUGGAAAUGAGACUGAGGCGCUCGCAUAUGCCGAAUCUCACGCUCUUGGAACGACUGAUCUGAAGGAGAUUGCCAAGGCGAUAAUUGCGCUGCCAAAGAAAAACACAAAGCGUCCACGAACUGUCAUCAUCACGCAAGGACUCGACCCUACCAUUGCCGUCAUCGGCAAGGAAGGCGGAGACGCCGAGAUUGUUGAGGUCCCAGUCCACGCGAUCGAGAAGUCCCAAAUCAAUGACACGAACGGUGCCGGUGACGCUUUCGCUGGUGGUUUCACCGCUGGUCUUGUCGAAGGCAAGUCUAUCAAGGAAUCUAUCGACUUGGGCCAAUGGCUCGCCAAGCUCAGCAUCCAGGAACUCGGUCCCUCAUACCCACAACCCAAGCAGACCUAUGCCUCAAAAUAG